AUGUCCCUCAGCCCAACACCCCGGCAUGCAGCCACCACCCGGUAUCCAGCCGGUGGGGGCGAAGAAGCGCCCGAACCGACUCCGCCGCCUCUCCCCCGCGGGCGUGAGACCAGACCAGGCGUUUCGGAGGCACUUCUGCACUUUUAUUUGUUCUUCCUCGCCCCGCGUCCCGCCGGCAGCGGUAACUCCGCGUCAGAGCCGGCCGCGAGCGUUACCCGGCGAGCCCCCUCCCCCCGCACGGGCCCUCUCCGCGCAGCCCCGCGGGGCGGCCGCCGGCGGGGGCGGGCAGCGGCCGGGCGCGACCCCGCGCUCCCCGCGGCGCGGCAGGGAGACAUUCAAAAUGGCGGCCCCGCCACGGCGCAGCGUUUGAGCCCCCCGCACCGCGCACACGCCGCCGCGCGCGACGCCCCGCGCCCCCUCCCACCGAGCGGCCGGACCCCGCGCCCUGCGGGGCGCACCGCCGCCGCAUCCUCCCCGCUCCUCGGCCGCCCUCAGGCCGGGUCCCGGCGCCGCCGUCCGCGCACUCUGCUGCCGGCCUUGCCUUCCGCCGCGCCGGUCGGUCCCGGCCCGCGGCGCCCGGCCGGGCGCUCCCCGCCAAUCCGGCGGCGGCAGGGCGCGGGCCGCCCCCUGGCGUCGGGCUGCCGCAGCGGCCCCGCGGCCGCCGCCCGCCCGUUGCCUCGCCCCCGGGCGGCGGUGCCGGCGGCUCCCGGCCCCGCACCCCGCUCGGCGCCGGGGACAGGCUCCGUCCCUUCGCCCGUCCCUCUACUACGGCUGCCGUCGUCGUCCGUGUUUGACGUGCGGCCGCUGCCCGCCGCACCCUUCCCCGCCCCCCGCCCUCGAGGGGGAGCCGCGGCUCAGGUGCUGACAGCGGCUCCCCUCGAAGGCAGCGGCGGAGGAGGGGGCGCGGAGCGGCGGCCGAGGGAAAAAAAGGUGCGAACCCGGAAGUACACCCGCCACGCCGCCGCCCGCAGCGCAGGGAAACACCCGCGCCCGAGCACAACAAUGCGGGGCCGCUUCGCCUCCGCUCCGCCCCAGCGCAACUUUUCGCUCCGGCCUCGGAAAGAAACCCGCCCGCCCGCUCCCUCCCCACAGCCGCGGCGGGACACGGGCCCGCGCACGCCCCGGCAGGUGCGGCGCCGGCGGCGGGGCGAGACCCGCGGCGGAGGAGAGGUGAAGGGAGCUCGCUUACCUCCCGCGCGCCAUGGUGGCCGGGCUAAGCGGGGCUGCGCCGGCGGCUGCCGCGGUGGCGGAGGCGAGCGCAGGGGCCCGGGGUCACGCAGCCCCACCGACGGGCGACCCCCGCGGGAGGAGGCGCCGCCCGACCCCCGGGAGCCGCUUUCCCUCGCUCAGCCCCCUCAGCACCGUCCGCCCGACCCCCGGGAGCCGCCCUCCCGGCUCAGCCCCCUCAGCGCAGCCCCUUCAGCGCCGCUCGACCCCCGGGAGCCGCCUUCCCUCGCUCAGCCCCCUCAGCACCGUCCGCCCGACCCCCGGGAGCCGCCUUCCCGCGGGCAGCCCCCUCAGCUCAGCCCCCUCAGCGCCGCCCGACCCCCGGGGAGCCGCCUGCCCAUGCUUAGCCCCCUCAGAGCCGCCCGCACGAUCCCCGGGAGCCGCCUUCCCGCGCUCAGUCCGCUCAGCGCCGCCCGACCCCCGGGAGCCUCCUGCCCACGCUUAGCCCCCUCAGCGCCGCCCGCCCACCGGCAGCCCCCUCAGCGCCGCCCACCCUCCCCCGGCGCCGCCUUCACCCGUCUGGGCUUUGUGUUUCCCCGCCGCCCCUCUCCUGCCGUGCCGGUAGAGCGCGGGCCCGCGCCGCCCAGCAGCCCGUGGACCCCGGUGCGCAAGGCAAAACGGAGUCGGCUCCCAGCGGUGUGCGCCCUGCCAGGCUCACCAGGCGUUUGUGAUGAGGACAAGCUGACUGCCAAGCCAAGCAGGAGGUGA